AUGAGGAGCCUGCUGUUCUUCUGCCUAGGCCAGGUGGUGCAUGGCUUCGGCCGCGGCUCCAAGCAGCUGGACAUCCCCACAGCCAAUUUUCCGGAACAAGUACUAGAUAGUCUUCCAGCUGAUAUAUCCACUGGCAUUUACUCUGGUUGGGCCAGUGUCAGGAGUGGAGCCAUCCAUAAAAUGGUGAGCAUAGGAUGGAACCCAUACUACAAGAAUGUGACAAAGUCCAUGGAAAUCCACAUAAUACACACCUUCAAAGAGGACUUCCAUGGCGAAAUUCUCAAUGUGGCCAUUGUUGGCUACCUCAUAUCAGAAAAGAACUUUGAUUCUUUAGAAUCACUUAUUUCAGCAAUUCAAGGUGAUAGUGAAGAAGCAAAAAAAAAACUGGAUUUACCAGAACAUUUGAAACUCAAAGAUGAUAAUUUCUUCCAAGUUUCUAAAAGCAAAAUUAUGAAUUGCCACUGAUGAAAGUGCCUUAUCUAGGCCCUCGC